ACUUUGAAGUGAGUUCGAAUCUUGGCUGAAUGUAGUAAGCGUUCUGUGAGAAUGUAAUAUUUUCUUUAGAUACUUGUGGUGUCUUAAGCAUUUAUUUAUUUAUUCAAUCGUUUCUGCCACAUCAAUUGCAUUAUGUUCAGCAGAAGCUCACUUUUAUUUUGAAAUGUGCUGCGACACGAUGUUACCGUAAUGUCUAGAAAAAACAUGCAUCGCAAAACAGCGCGAGGGCUGGCUUGACUUUCGUUUUCGAAGUGGAGGCUGGCUUGACUUCAGUCUGAUUUUGACACCUUUGAAUAAUUAUGACAGGAACAGGGACAGGAAAUAUGAUAGAAAUUAGGAAGUUAGGCUACCAGUGAACAAAAUAUAAACACUUCCUGAUGUGUUGACUACUUGACGCUUCUUUUAAAAUGAACUGUUAAUUAGUUUAGUAAACUUCACAAUGCAAUAGUCUGGGAUCAGUUAAUUUACUGUAGUUGGAGUUGUUUGCUGGAGUUGACCAUUUCCAUUACAAAUUAGAAACCGAAGCAGUGCAACAAGCAACACCCACCCAAUGUUUAGUAUGAAUCAAGCGCCCGAGGGAGGGAGCACAGAGGGAGGACUUUCCGUUGAGUCAUUGAGGAUAUCUGUCCGCAUCUGCUUGGACCGUUUCUGUUGACUCCAUAUCUGCACGAGGAAACAUCCAUAAACUGCACCGGACACAUAAAUCCUUCUCUUCAAAGGUACAAAAAUGAUCUGCUCUGGUCUGCUCACUGCCAAGAAGGAACCAGUUCCUCUGAAGAGUGUGGAGGUGGAUGUGGAGGUGAGGGACCAUGUGGCUACAGUGGUCUCCACUCUGAACUAUGAGAACAAGGAGGACAAACCACUGGAGGCUGUUUUUGUCUUCCCUCUGCCUGGAGAUGCUGCUGUCUGUCAUUUCAGCGCUAAGAUCGGACAGACACAGAUUGUAGCUGAGGUGAAGGAGAAGCAGGAGGCUCGGGAGGAGUAUGAUGACGCAUUGAGCUCAGGUCAGCAGGCCUUCCUAUUGGAGGAGAGUGAUCAGAGUCCAGAUGUAUUCUCUCUGAGUGUGGGCAGUCUGCCUCCAGGAGAGAGCGCCUCCAUCAGGCUGGAGUACGUCACUGAGCUGGCUGUGCAGGCUGAUGACGGGCUGCGGUUUUGCCUGCCUGCUGUGCUCAACCCUCGCUACCAACCUCAGGCAUGCGGAAGUAGUGACGGUGCCAGUGUCCAGGUGACUGCUGUUCCAGCCUCUCUGGUGCCCUACAGUCUGUCCUUCUCUGCCCGAGUGUCCUCUCCUCGUCCAGUCUCUAAAGUAGAGUCCAACUGUUCCCUGGACCCUCUGCAGUACCUCAACACAGAGCAAACCCAGGCCACGGUGAAGUUGGCUGCAGGACAUAAGUUUGACAGAGAUGUUGAGCUGCUGAUUUAUUACAAAGAUGCCCACCAGCCCACUGCUGUGGUGGAGGCAGGACAGGCCUCUGCCAAGCCUG